AUGUUGAUAGUGCAGGACGAACUAUUCAAAAGUGUAAACAAAACGAUGGACAUUGAAUGCGCUCAUCUGCCGAUCGUCGGAGCAAACGCAAUUCUUUCAAUCCACAACAAUGCGACGAAGCCCUUCAAAAAAGGACAAAAUGCGACAUAUUCUUGCGUUAAGUGGAGUUCCCUUCACAGCAACGAUUUAUACAAAUACGGAUUCAGUCAAACUGCAGAACCCACGGAUUUGGAGAGAUUUCAAAAUAUUUCGCUGACCUGCCAAGGAUACGAUAUUUGGUCUCCGAACAUGACAACGUUGCCUCGUUGCGUCGAGUUCAGAGAAUGCAAAAAAACAAAGAACGGGACGGAUUUUUAUGGAGUAAAAUACAAUGUCACCGCAUCCGGAAAACCGUGUUUAUCAUGGAAAAAUCAAACAAUCGAUUCCACCCCGAAGCUGAAAUCUGAUGAUCGCUAUCCAGUGGAUGGAUCCGUUGAAAAUGCGAAGAACUAUUGCAGGAAUCCAUUAAGAAAAGCCGCCCCAUUUUGCAUCAUCGAUAACAUAACUGCGAAAUGGGAAUUUUGUGACAUCCCGGAAUGCGAAGACAAAAGACCUUUUGCUUGCUCAACGACCUUGCGAGAAUCUGAAGUCUUCGGACCCACUAGUCGUGAAACAAUUGCAGGAGACCCGUGUCAAUACUGGAAUUCCAGCAGUCCUCACCCAGUUUAUCCUGCGAUUGAAUUCAUUAUGCCGGAUGAGAUUGGCACUGCACACAAUUACUGCAGGAAUCCGUAUUAUACCCUUGUUGGUUUGUGGUGUUACACGCAGAACCCGAACGUUCGAUUCGACACAUGUCCAUCAACUCACUGCCCCGGAUAUCCUUGAAGCGGAAAGUAACAACGGUGGCUCAGUAGUGAUUCAACGAUGCACAGGAAUGCUGAAAAUGCGUGUGUGAAACAAUCAAAUUUCAAUUGAAUAGAAGUCAACGAUUGUUCAUUCAGCAAAGCCACAGGCUUGGAAUUAGCAACGGAUAACACGAAUUAAUGACUGAAAACACCAAGAAACCGCACGCUCAUGAAUCAUGAUGCAACUUGAAUAGUCGAAGACUUGAACUGAUUUGGCA